UGCAUCCGGCAUCAGCAACUUCCCCGGAGCGACCCACGUCUUCCUCCACUGCGCCUCAAACCAGCAAUUUACAACCAGAAUGGACGCGGGAUUCUUCCGCGGUACGAGUGCGGAGCAAGACAACCGUUUCAGCAACAAGCAGAAAAAACUGCUUAAGCAGCUGAAAUUUGCAGAAUGCCUGGACAAGAAGGUGGACAUGACCAAAGUGAACCUAGAAGUCAUCAAACCUUGGAUUACUAGGCGUGUGACUGAGAUCCUGGGUUUUGAGGAUGACGUGGUCAUAGAGUUCAUAUUCAACCAGCUUGAUGAAAAGAACCCUGAUAGCAAGAUGAUGCAGAUCAACCUGACAGGCUUCCUCAAUGGGAAGAAUGCCCGUGAAUUCAUGAAAGACUUGUGGCCCCUGCUUUUGAGUGCACAGGAGAAUAUUGCUGGCAUCCCAUCUGCUUUUCUGGAACAAAAGAAGGAGGAAAUCCGACAGAGACAGAUGGAACAGGAAAAGCUUGCCUCCCUGAGGAAGGUGGAUGAAGACAAGAAGGAGAAGGACAUCCGAGAGAGGGCUCAGUCAAAAAGCCCAAGAAGGCGGAAAACACGGUCACCAUCACCGCGGCGAAGGUCUCCAGUGAAGAGGGAACGAAAACGAAGCCCAUCACGAUCCCCGAGGCGCAAACCAAGUCCACCUCCCAGCAGCUCGCCCCCUCCACCUCUCAUGCAGCUGCCAACAAAACCUACAGAGCAACAAGUGGAGCCAGAUACAUCAGCGAGAGCCAUACCAGGACCAGUCGUGCAAGAAGCUCCUUCAGCCGGUGAUGCGGUUGCAGAAGUCGUAAAAGCUGAUUCAGUGACUGAAGUUAAAGAGCCGUCGCCAGAGAAGACUCAUAAGAAAGAGGAAAGACCACGGUCUCGUGAAAGGGAGAGGGAUGUGAGAAGAGAGAGACCUCAUCACCGCUCCCGCUCUCAUUCUCGAUCUCGCAGACGGCGCUCCCGCUCUAGAUCUUACUCCCCUCGUAGAAGACAGAGUCCUAGAAGACGGAUGUCCCCCCGUCGGAGGAGCCCCCCCAGACGUGGCCCCGCCCCUCCCAGACACAGACACAGGCGCUCCCCUGUCCGCAGGAGGCGCUCUCGUUCUGCGUCAUCUUCUGGCAGCAGUUCUUCAAGUUCACGCUCACCAAAAAAAGCUGUGAAAAGAAUAUCUACUUCACCACCCCGAAAACCGCCACAUCGUCCUCGCAUUUCUAUGUCUCCUCCAGUAAAAGUCAAACGAUCACCGUCUCCACGAGCAAGAAGGGGCCGAGGCUCUGUUUCACCACCCAGAUCAUCGGGUAUAAAGCGGAACCAAGGAGGAAGGGGUGAAUCUCCAUCUAACAAUGCCAAGACCCGGCCGUCGGAGGGAUCAGAGUCCGACGAGGAUAAAAAUGAGAAAGGUGCAACAGCAGAUUCGGUGCAGCAGCGACGUCAGUAUCGGAGGCAGAAUCAACAAUCAUCUUCAGAUUCUGGAUCCUCAUCCUCAGAAGAUGAGGGGCCUAAGCGUCCAGCACCAGGACCAGGUGCCAGAAAUGGAGAAGUCAGGAAAAAGCGUAGCCGUACACCCUCGCCCCGCAGGCGACACAGGGAUCCUUCACCGAGGAGAAGACGGUCUCCAUCUCCUCCACGCAGACGUCGCACCCCAUCUCCUCCCCGGCGUCGCAGAUCUCCCUCUCCUCCUAGACGGAGGUCUCCUUCCCCACCACCCCGUCGUAGAUCCUUGUCCUCCAGACGAUAUUCUCCACCCAUCCAGCGUCGCUACAGUCCUUCACCUUUGCCUCCACAGAAGAGGAAGAUGUCGAAUUCGCCCAUGAAACGCUCUCCGCCUCUUGCGAAGCGACGCCCCUCUAGGUCUCCUAAGCGUAGAAGCCCUCCUGUUCCAAGGAGACGCUCACCUCCUUCCUCUAUGUCUCCGCCUAGACACAGGAGGAGCCCUAUGUCUUCUAAUAGGCCAAGUAGGGACACACGGUCUCCAGUUGUGUCGGCCAGACGCUUCUCCCCAUCACCUAUGAACCGCAGUCACACUGUUAGGGGUUCCACUAGUCCUCAGAGACGUUUUGAUAUCUCCAGUACAUCUCCAACUAACCAGCGGAGACAGAAGUCCCCGUCACACAACAGCAAACUCAUCCGCAGAGUGUCUCGCACCCCGGAGCCCCGUAACAAUCAGAGAGCCUCUCCGAGCCCUAAACCUCUGAGGAGAGCUUCAAGAUCCAGAUCAGUUUCCCCGGAACCACCUGUUCAAAAACGUCCAGUUCCUGCAUCUGCUUCUCCAUCACCAUCUCGCUCUGCCAGUCGGUCUCCUCCACCGCCACCACCACCACCAGCCAAAAAGGCCAGUAGUGCUUCUGGUAGCCAGUCUCCAAGCAAGAAUUCAGAUGUUGAUGGUGGCGGAAAGAAAAAGAAGAAGAAGAAGGAAAAGAAACACAAGAAAGAUAAGAAACACAAGAAGCACAAGAAACACAAGAAAGAGAAAAGCAGUGCAACUGUGAUGGAAGAUCCUCAAGGGAACCAGGCCGCUGAGGAAGAUGUUGACUCACGAAAGGAAUCAGACAGUGAAGUGGAUGACGGUUUGGAUGAUCUGGAAAAGCACCUUCGGGAGAAGGCACUACGCUCCAUGAGGAAGGCCCAGGUCUCCCCAUCACAAAUGUCCUAAAAAAUAAGGGUCCUUUUGAAUUUUUUGAUGUUUUUCAUUAACCUGGUUCAGCUUUAGAAUGUAAAAAUUGUUAAAUUUCAAGUCUUGUUUCUUUUUACAGGUUUGGUAAAUUCUGAAGAGUUUGUUUCUUUAAACACUUGAUUUCUCAUAUGUAUUAAAACUGUAUAAAAAAAGAAUCUUGUGUUAUCUGUACUUUUAAAUUGUUGAGCAGGAAAAAGGUUUUAAUUUCAGUUUUGAGUUGAACAGGCUAGUGAUGUUAACCUCAGUGUGGUGAUUGCAUUUACAGUGAUUGUCCCAGGAUGUGCAUGGACCACUGACCUUAGUAGGGGUGUGGGGAGUGGGACACCAUGUAGUAAGAUACUGUUACUUCUGCCUUUUUUAUUAGUGGAAACUGACAGUUUUGUUCACUGUAAAGAGGCUACACCGGAAUGUCUUGUCCUAUAUUGUAUCUAAAUGGAGGCGUUUGGCAUCAUUUAACCUGCUUUUUUUUUCUGACUUUGAAAUCAUCUUGUUUAAAAAUUAAAGCGAUUUGAUGUGAGACAUGCUUGACGUUUUCUAAACUGAUAUGCAAUUUGUGUUGAUACCCAUGUACUGAGCUAAUCUCUGUGGGGCUGCUGUAGUAUGAUUUGUAAUUAGUAACCUUGGCUCUUAUCCUUUCAGAAUUAAAACCGUUCUCUUUUUUUUUGUUUUUAA